CGCGCGUGAGUCAGUGUGGUGUUGAACGUGUGAUGAGUAGGGAGUCCAUAACGUUCUUCUCUCCAUCAGCAUAUUUUAAGGAUCUUGUAUCGCUUACCGCUUUCGAAAAGUUAUCGCCGAUGUACCGUGUGUCAUUUGGAUGAUGUGAUCCACGAGGUUUAAAGUGUUUUCUCGAUCGUGAUAUCAAAAGGGUCUCUUAAUAGUGGUGAGAGAAAGAGGCGUUAUUUGUGUGUGUGUGAAGUUGGGUUUUGUGUUGAGAGGCGGGCAGUGGUCCUCCUCCUCCCCCUGUUCCUCACCUCCACCCCCACCACCAACCUCCCUCCAUCUCACAUCAUCUGCUAUAGGUGUUGGUGGAUGUAGUUGUCUAUAUAUCUCAUAACGAUAUCACGUUGUCUCUGAUCCUCAGGUGGUUCGGCCCAAAAACCAAAUUCGAGAAUAGUGUCGGUUUCUGAGUUGGUCAGUUUUUUUUUUUUUUUUUUUUUCGUUUUUUUUUUCCAAGCACACGAGGUUUUCCGUUAGUUUUCAAGUUGUUCUUGACCCCGAGUGAGUUUUGAUGCAGUUUGGAUAAAAAGAUUUUUUCGAAGUUUUGUUUUGUUAUUCCGUGUGUUGUGUUCAUUCUGUGAAUAUUGUUUUCUCUCGGGUAAAAAGAAGGAAUUCAGUCACGUGGAAGUUAUGGUGUGCUUUGGUGUCGUGUCCUUACGCCUCUGCUGCUGAGGAUGGCUACUACAGCGAUGGUCACCUGAAAGUCUGCAGAGGUCAGCUGCCGCCCCUUCUGUUGGAUGUGGGGAGGUCAUCACCAGAGAUCGGGAGGUCGAUAUCAGGGUAGAGGCGAGUGUCACUACCAUCACCACCACGCGCACAACGCUGGGGGAGGCGACGACGAAGACGAUGACGAUGAAGGUGGUGGGUGGGCGGUAGGAGCUUCUUCCUCCCCCUCCGCCUCUUCCUCCCCUCCAUCCUUCCCUUACUUCGCAUCCUCGUCGUCGGUAUCCCCGCCAGGAGAAUCGUACGCUAACUGGAUGGCAGAGGCUUUGGCCACGGGCACCAGCUACGCUUCCUCAACCCUGCCUUUGUCCUCCUCCGCCGCCGCCGCCUCUGUCAGCAGCAGCAGCAGCAGCACGCCCACAUCCAACAACCCUCUGUUGUCAUCAGCAGCGUGUGAGAGUCACCACACUGCCGGCUGUAGUAGUAGUAGUUGUGGUGUCCCUUCGCCUCACUCCUCGGCGAGCACUCCCGCCACUCCGGGAGUCGCCGCCAUGUCACUGAAGAUGAACUCUGUUUUCAUAGACACGUCGUCGCCCACGAGAACCACCACGGCCACAGCCACCACCAAACCGGCGCCCACCAUCAGGUCCAACUCCCUCGACCAACUCAACUUCCAGGAGAAGCGUCAGCUCAUCGCCUCCACCUUGAGCCUGAGCGAGUUCCUGGGAGGUGGGCCUCAGAAGGCGGGCAAGCUCAAGGGCGACGUCGACGGCAGUCUCGGAGACCCUACGUCGCCGACCACGCCGUCGCCCACCAGCAAUACGACAUCCAUCGUUACGAAGUCUACUUCACUCUCACUCUCUGACAUUAUCAAUGCCACCAAGGGAAAUAAAGCGAAAGGUGGCAAAACAAAUGGUGCGGUUCGGGGUGUCCCGGGUAACGGGGGAUCGGGGGCCAGGACCCCCCCGGCGGAACGCACCAAAAGCAGCAAGUUCUCGGCGCUUGGGAGACUUUUCAAGCCUUGGAAAUGGAAGAGAAAGAAGAAAUCCGAGAAGUUUGAGGCCACUUCGAGAUCUUUAGAGAGAAAGAUUUCGAUGCGGGUCAACAAAGAAGAACUAGUACAAAAGGGCAUCCUCUUGCCCGACUCCCCUACCUCACCUAUAGCCGAAGAGCCUGGGAAGGAGAAGAGUGAGGGUGUGAAUGGCAAUAUUGGUAGUGGUGAUGGAUCCCCUGAGCACCAUCCAGCAGCCUUCAGCCCUUUAACUUCCACAGGUGCUCCCACAACCACAUCAUCAUCCUCAUCAUCUUCUUCAGUUCCUCCCCUCACCAGCCAGCCACUCUCCCCUCCCCACGAGACACAGCCUCCAGAUUAUCACAGCCAUCAUCACAUCAUUUCGUCAGAGAGGCCCGAACGCCCGACGUCACUCAUGGCACCAGGUGGUAAGUGGCAGAGUCGCGGCCAACAUGGUACUGCCUCCCCUGAUUCAACUGAUGCCGUCUUUGUGACUGCUACUAACACCAACUCUGCUGCCACUACCACAACCACUACCACCAUGUGUGGGGGCCGUCAUGCCCGCUGGCUCCUUUGUGUGCCCUCCAGCUCAGUACCAGGGGAUCAGUACCAACCCACCAAUGCCCCUCUUCCCCAACAGACUAGAUCAGUCCAGUCCCCAAGUUCACAACAGUCCCCUUCACUCAGCUCUGGAGCUCCUGCACCAACUGUUACUACAACUCGUACUGUACAGUCCCCUUCUUCCCGCUGUAACUUAGCAGGCUGUUUUUUGCGACCAGCCUUGCACUCUAAUACUUCCACUCAAGGUCAGCAGCCCUCCCCAUAUGCCCCUCCAAGCCCUCAUCCUCCUCCAGGUCUCCCAUCCCCACAGUCUUCUUAUUCUUCUACUCAGUCCCAACCACAGACAUGUGGGGGGUUGACAGUAACAUAUGCCCCCACUCCAUUUGUGCAGGCUAGUCAGCUAACCACCUCAUCGGGUCAUGUUGCUCCCACACACUCUGGUGGUGCCAGUGUCUUCCCCUCAGCUUACCUACCCACCAACACCACCACCACCACGUACUCUUUCCCCUCUGUGUAUUCGUCGACCAGCGUAGGCAGCAGUGCAGCAGCUGUACGGGCCACUCCCUCGCGGACUUCCCUUCCUGUUUCUGAUGGAGGCAUCGGGGGUGUGCAAGUCUUACCCACGGAAAUUCCAAGUGGCCUACAUCCUGUUCACCAGCGGGAUACCCACACUUACUAUGGUGGACAGAGUUCAGCUGAUGACCAUUACAUGACCCAUCAUGUUCCACAUUUACCUGAACCGCCAAUUCCAGUAUCAGAAAUUGGCCCAAUACCACCACCACCUAUGUUUUCUUCGCCAUCACCCGUUGUACACCCUAGAAGUCAUCCGCCCCCGCCAUACCACCCACCAACUUCAGGGACUGGAGUACAGAAUGCCAUGGGUCACAAUCUCUCAAACUCAGAAUAUGGAGUAAAAAACGAUGAUGAAGUGAAAAGCAGUACAGCUAAUGGCAUCCUCGGCUGGUUUGAGGCCAGAAUGGCGGAUUUUGCUAAUGCUGAAGAUGAUAUUGAGGAGGAGGAUGAUGGUACAGACGUCGAUGGACUUGUAUAUUUCAACAGUAGUCAUGGAUCGUAUGUUGACACUUCUCAAGUAGAAGAAGUCCCUGCUCGUGAACCAAGAUUAGAUGCUAAGCCUCUUAAAUCUGCCCUUAAAAAGAAAAAUACCUCAGGAACUGCCAAUGGCUCUGCUGGGACACCCCCGGCAGGAACACCCACUGAUGGUAGCAAGCCAUUAAGUGUACGACAAGAUGGCAAUAGGCGCCUACCGCUUCGACCCAGUGUUAGGAUUAGGUUCAGUACGAAACCCAUCCGGUUUUCCUAUAGUAGAGGAGAUGGAGAUAAAUCCUCUGGGGAAAAUAAAGAAAACAGUGUACCAUUUACGUACCUUCCUCCAAACACUGUUCUACCAAACUCUCUACAAGAGUCCCGUGUAGAUGACGAUGAUGAGGAUGGUCCCAUCUUGUACCGAGAUGAUGGUGAGGAUGAUGAUCGUCUAGCCACCAAAGUUGCAAGAAGAGACAGCUUAGCUCAAAAACUAGCAUGCCGACCUAAUAAGCAAGACCUUAUAGACAGGAACAUUAUACCAAUUCAGUCAGAAAAUGAUAGAAAAGAAUUUAGAGAAGCAAUUGGGGCCAAACUGACUAGACGGUUGAGUUUACGGCCGUCAGCAGAGGAAUUAGAAGAAAGGAAUAUAUUAAAAAGAACAACACCAGAAGAAGCUCGCAAACAGAAGGAAGAAAAAAGAAAAACGCUUUUACGAAAAUUGUCAUUUAGACCUACUCUAGAAGAACUCAAGGAACGAAAAAUUAUACGCUUCAAUGACUAUAUAGAGGUGACUCAGGCACACGAGUAUGACAGACGGGCUGACAAGCCUUGGACUCGUCUCACACCUAGAGAUAAGGCUGCUAUCAGAAAAGAGUUAAAUGACUUCAAGAGCAUGGAAAUGGAGGUUCACGAAGAGUCAAAGCAUCUUACAAGAUUUCAUCGGCCUUGAUUGGGGGUUCGACGUAGUAGGACAAGUCCGGCACUCCAUGAAUUACAAUAAUUCGUCACUUUUGGCUGCUCAGUCUCAAGUGUAUGAGAACAUUUUGGUACUGCUUUUUAUUAGUUACUGAAUGUAUUAUGCAUUUCUGGGCUGCAUGUUAUAUGUUUUUAUAUCCAUACAAUAUACUAUAUCGUUUCAUUAAGUCAGAAUUGUUGUUAAUACAUUGCUGAAAGUGUUGUAUGACUUUAAUACUCAAAUAAAGAUGUUUUUAAUAUCUGUGAAAUUUCAUUCUGUUUUGUAUGAAGGAAAGUUUUGCAGUGAGUUCUCAGCCCAGAGCUAUUGCAUAUAAUGAGCAGUGCUCUUUUUGAUUAAUGUGCUCUGUUGGUAGAUUCACAAGGGUCCUUCCAUUUCAAAUGUAACAGUUAGAACAUAUUUAUAUAACACAUACUUUAACACUUAAGUUUUAUCAGUCAUUGUGUGUAUGUCUAUGUAUGCUAAACAUAUGAUUGUGUGGAUGAUUCAGUGAUUUAUGGUUGUUUUGACAAUAACAACUAAUAGUCAUUAUAAUACAAAAAGUGAAUUUUACCAACUAUAAUUUUUUGUAAAGUAUGUUUAGUGUUAAACACAUGCAGAACUGUGAUGAAUGAAAUAUGCAGGCCAAAUGUUCUCUCAGAUAAUCAGAUAACUGAGAUUCCAAUGUGUACAUAUACAUAUAUGUAUAUAUAAUUAUGUGCGCAUCUCACGUACUCUAGUGUACAUUGACGUGUGUUGUUGAAACCCACGUGUUUCUGUGAUACUGAUGCUCUGAGUGAUAUUAUGUAUGUUAGUCCUUGGGCCAGCAUUUAUCAUUCACUGGUGUUUGGUAGAUACCACACCAGCAUCUGUGCCAAGGAAGUGUUGUAGCACUUUUAAUGGCCUCCUCACAUACCUUGGCUAAAUCAACUUUUAAUCCCUUAUCUAUAUUAAAUGUCCAACUUGGGUAAAAAAAUUCUUUCUUAAAAUUGUAAUGUAUUAUGUAAAGUAUUAAAGACUAAUAGAAUAAUAUUGCUAGAAUACUGAAAUAUAAUUAUAUUUCAACUGUUCUUCUUGCUAUUUUUGUAAAAUUUUUCUUCCCUUUCUAUAAUUUGUAUGAAGAAUGAUUGUUAACCUCAAAACUGAGGAAAAUGGUUACCUGUAUUUGAUAACUGACCAUCUAAUUUAUAUUGACCAAGAAGAUAAGUGUAGAAUGAGUUUGUUAGCAUCCUUGGUCUUAUUAGGUGGGAACUUUUGUGAUAACCAACGACUGUAUAACUCCCCUAGUUUCUUAGAUAAUCCAGUUUAUUAGGGUUUUGUGUCUGUAUUUUCAAUUGAAAAUGACAUGAAUAUCACAUGUAAUGGUGUUGUUAUUAAUUUGACAAUCACCUUGUUACCAGUUGUUGUAAGUAUUUUUUAUCGUUUUUAAAAAUAAACUACGGUUCAUCAAUGUUUUUUACAUUUAUUCAGGAAGACUUUAGAAGCUAUUAUUAUGUAGCUUGGGUCCAAAACAAUUGAUUUUUAAGUGCUUGUAAUGUUUUUUUAAAAAAUGGUAUUUUCCACUAAUUAAUUUCCAUUGCAAGUAAAUUGGAUUUGCAUUUUGAUUCUUAAUUUUUAAAAACAGAGAAGUGCCAUUGCUCUCAGAUUGUGCAAUGCCCCUCAGUGAUAAUAUGGAAGAGCAUUUGUUGCUAUUCAUUUAAGACAACAAAUACUUGUUGUGUUAGGAUAACAUCUGUGGAGUGUUGUGUACAAAAUAAAAAGUUGCCUUUCUAAUGGGUGCUUGCUAGAUGGGCAGAUUUCUAGCUUACAAGUAUAUAAAAAACAAGUAUAUAAAAAACAAUUAAAUAUUUUUGCAAAAACACCCUUCAUUAAGUGAGCAGUAAAACCUUAUUUGUGAUUUUUAAGUAGCUUUUAUGUGAAUUUUACAGCAAAAGUUUAUCCAGUACCACUUUUACUAGCAUUAUUACAUUUUCUUUAGUCGUUAGUCAAAUUGUUAUAUGUAAAUUUUGUUACUUUUUCCAAAUAUGUUAUAUUACCAAACAGUAUGCUAUUUUUGCUGUUACUAUGAUUGUGAUGCUGUGCAAUUUUCUGCAUCAGAAAUGGUCCUGUAACUUGAGACACAACACAUGUUCUCUGUGAUUUUGUUACUUGUACACAUGAAUGAAUUUGUUUAAAGAUAGUGGAAGCAAGCAUUAUUGUAGGUUUGUCGUCCAAUUCCCCACUUGGUAUCCCUCCCAUAAUGAAGUGCAGAGGAGCUGCUUUGAAAAAAAAAUAAAAAAAAAUGUUGAAGAUACACAGACUUUUCAUUGGAUUUUUGUACAGAAAGAAAAUCUGUAAGGAUAGUUACAUGGAUGUUACUUUCAAAUAGGUGCGGUAUGCCAAAUCUGAGGUGCAUUAUUUUUUUAUAUUACUUGAUUUGCCUCUUCUUCAUUAUUUCAAUAUUUUGAGACUUUUCAAUUCAAAAUAUUUUAAAACUAAAUCAAAGCUGUUAAUGUAUUUGUAACUGUUUAAAACUGUCCUUAUAUUAUGUCUAAUGCUGACAUGCAUCCAAAUAUCCUAGCUUACUUAUAGAAGCACAGAUUCUAAUUAAGUAUCCCAGAAAAAUUUGAUUACCUUAUGUUCAUUCUAUUUUGAUAAAAGAAACUGUAAGCUCCUGUUAUUUGCAGUUGCACUUCAGAAGAGCUGUAAUGCCAAAGCCAAUGCAGAAAAAGGAAGAGAAAGCUACAGAUAUGCAAAAUUAUUUUAGUAUGCAUUUGUAUAUCAUUGCUGGUUGUAUAUAAUUGUUAAAAGAUGUAUACUGAUCUCAGAGAUGUAAUGUUCAAGACUCCAUUGAUAAGUUCAAUACGGCAACAGGUUAUAAUAAAGCCUGUUCACUGUAAACAUUGUAAAUAUGUUGUAAUCAUUAUCCACAGUUGUGUACAUAACCUAAAACAGCUUCUCCCUUCUGCCUGUUGCACCUGCCAUGGUAAUAAGGCUCAGUUUCUUCAUGGAAGGACACAUGCUCGACUUCUCAUGCAAAUGAGGGAAGGGAAACUAUUUGCAAUUUCAAGGUUUGUAUGCCCUUAGAAUUUUUUUUUCAUUAUUAUUUACUUAGAAAAUUGGUGAUGUAUUACUAUUCUUGAGUUGUAAUGCUUUCAUUUUGAGCAUGGUAGAAAAGAAGUGUUUGUUAAACAUGCAUACAAAGAGCCAAUUCAUAAAGCUAUAAAUUUUGUUGACUCAACAGUGCCCAUAACAUAAUGCAGAGUUGUUUUCUCACACAGGAAGAUCAUAGUAGUCCUCUACCAUGGUUGAAAUUUUCAAGUGCCAGUACCAAAUUGUUUCUUACUUUAAGCUCUUUCAAGAUGAUUGUGAAGUGCACGAGGUCAUGGGUGUAAGAUAAAUGCCUAGACUUUUUUAGACAUGUUAACUUGCAUCAUCAAAGGUAGAUUUCCAUUCAUAAGUAAAAUUUGAUAUGAAAUUUAGAUUUAGAAGUUGUGAAUGAAAAGUUAAAUGAAAGUGCUGGUUACUGUUACCUUUUGCUCACCUACAUGAUUUAAAUAACGAGUCUUUGCUCAAUGCCAGCAUUAUGCGUAAUAUAGAGGUCAGCGAAGCAUCUCAUUCAGUAGGGUUGAGCCCAUCUGUGUCUUCAAUAGGAAGAUUUGUUCUUUUUUAUUAGGUGUUAUGUUCUCAUAAGGCAUCACUCUCACCCCUCAUCCCCCCUGUGUGUGUCUUGCGAGUAUCGCUGCAGGCAGUGGGUGUCAGCUCAUACCAUCCUCAUCACACAAGUGUAUCUUUGUAUAUAGUCUAUACCACCAUCCCAGAAACAUCUGUUAUCCUCUGCUUUAUAACUAGCUCUGUCAUGCUUUAUACUUGUUGGAAUAAAACAUCACCGUCUUCCA